GCUAGUUACCAAGGAGACUCCCUGAUGAAUCAGAGAGACUGACUGGUACCCGAGCUAUACAUUCUGUAUCUUCCUAAUUCAGAGGACCUAACAUCUACAGGAGAAAGGAUUGUGUUUCAGACAGCUACGGAGCAUGUUUGUUUGCUGCGAAACAGGACUGGAUCUCUUUGUUUUCCUCUUUUGAUUACUGUUGUAAGGAAUAAUAGGUAAUUGAAAAAGAGAGAUUUUUUUCCCUGUGGGGAAACUGAAGAGUGCCAGCAAUGAGAUAUUUUCUUAGGUCGAACUUGCCUUUAGAAAACAAAAUAGAUUCCAAGGACGUGGUUGUAGAGCGAGAUUAGAUAUUAAAUGUGGAAAUCAAGAAUGUGAUUCAGUGUUUCAGAAGAGUGUAAAAUGCUUCCAUUUGGUGCAGCACUGAGAUUUUUCCUUUAAGUCAUGGCUCUUUGUUUUAAGUAGCUUACGAUCUGAUCUGUAUGGAUUCCUGGACUAGGUCUCAAUGGGUCAGGAUUUCAACUUCCGCAAUCUUUGGGAUUCAAAAGUUACUUGUCCAGCCCAAAACUACCGUAAGUCUUCAAAGGAUUUGAGGAAUUUUUAUUUCCAUGGAUCAUAAUUUCGAGGCAGCCCACACAGAAGAAAUUAAGGAAAGUGUACAAGGAAUCAAAUCAGAGUUUAACCAUGUGGAAAGCCGGGGUCUAUGAAAUAAAGGUCACUACGUCAUUCUUCCAAGUCCUCCACUGUCAGAAAAGGCAAGGCUGGGCAACACUCUAAGAUGUUUAUUUGGACCAGUGGCCGGUCCUCGUCAUCAUACAGACCCGAUGAAAGAAGAAAUUUCUACCAAAAAAUCAAAGAUCAUGAUCUUCUGGACAAAAGAAAAACUGUGACGGCACUAAAAGCAGGAGAAGACAGAGCUAUACUUCUGGGACUUACAAUGAUGGUGUGCUCCAUUAUGAUGUAUUUUCUCCUAGGAAUAACAUUGCUGCGGUCAUACAUACAGAGUGUAUGGACGGAAGAGACACAAUGCACAUUAAUGAAUGCAUCUAUAACAGAAACCUUCAACUGCUCCUUCAGUUGUGGUCCAGACUGCUGUAAAAUCUCUCAGUACCCCUGUCUACAGGUUUAUGUAAACCUAAAUUCUUCAGGACAGAAGGUCCUUCUCUACCACACAGAAGAAACUAUGAAAGUGAAUUCUGAGUGUUCAUAUAUUCCCAGAUGUGGGAAAAACUACGAAGAGUCAUUGUCACUUGUCAGUAUCAUUAUGGAAAAUUUCCGGAAACAUCAACACUUUCCGUGUUUUUAUGACCCAGAAGGAAAGCAAAAGAAUGUCAUUUUGACCAAACUCUACAGUUCUGAUGUCUUAUUCCACUCUUUAUUUUGGCCAACAUGUAUGAUGCUUGGUGGGAUUGUCAUUGUAGCAAUGGUAAAGUUAACACAGUACCUUUCUCUUCUGUGUGAGAGAAUCCAAAGGAUCAACAGAUAGAAACACGCCCACAAGUUGCUUUCUCUUAAAAUACUGUUAUGGUUUUUAUUUUUCAUUCUUCACCAAAGAACCUUAAGUUUGUAAUGUGCCAGUCUGUUUAUAAGUUCCUUAAUAUAUUCUUCUAUGUAGAGCAAUAAUGCAAACUCUGUUCUAUAUGCAAACAUGAUGUCAGAAAAAUUUGGUUAAUUUUCAUUGUUUGUUUUAAAUAUUUGAUUUAGAGCUGAUACAGGGCUGGUUCAACCCACUGCCUGCCACAUGGGUCUGCAAUGAAUUUCUUAAUAGGCAGGCAUCUCUGUUAGUAUGGGUCUGUAUGUGUCAUAUUGGGUACACAACAAAAAAUGGAGGAUCUUCUUAUAAUAAUGUGUUUAUUUGGGAUACAGUUAGCUUAGUGAUGCAGGAAAACAGAGGUUCUUUAGUUCAGACAGUUUUAUACAAUAAUUUUCUGUUACAGGGCUUCCAAAUAACUCUCUGUUAUACAUUAUGUGUAACAGUAGAGUCCAAGUUAAAAGGUUAUAUUUUAAUUGUCCCAUUCCCUUUAUGACUGGUAAUGGACCAUUUAUUUACCAGAUGAGUUGCCAAGAUCUUGGAAUGAGGUCUAUCAGACCUUUUUAAUUGCUUCUACAUCUGCACUGUCAAAAAAAAGGAACUAUGUUAUAAGGAAUGGAAUGCCUAUUCCUAGAAAGACUGCACAUUUUAACGCUUUACAAUAUGAUGUAUGUAUAGAAAAAAAAGACUGCCUUCAUAAUAUUUCAUAAGGAGUUAAACCUUAUGGAAUUUAAGGUCUUUCCUAGACCUUUACAAUGUGCCAUAGUGUUCUCCUGAUGUAUUUUAUUCACCCGAGGCUUUAAUGAA